CUAUCUUGCCAGAUAUAGCAUCCCUCACCUUAUGGUGCCAGGCUUAUGUAUACAAUCAUUCAGUUGCCCUUGCUAUCAGAUAACUUAUAGAUGGUUGACUAAAACUGUGGGUGGUAGCAGCACAAUCGAGUGAUUGAAAUGAUUUGUGCUUUGUAUUGAUGCGACUUCUUUGUUCUCAUCUAGAAUGCGGCCAAUCAUACUUCUGUCACAAUCAUCUGUUUAUCUUCGUACUUUCUUUAAAGGCCCUCCAGACUGCUGUUCUCCUUACAACUCACAACUUCUUCCUUGAUUACUCUAUCUUACAUAUUCCCGCUACAACACCAUUGUUCUUUCUUACCAGUUGCAACCUCUUCUUUAGCUGCUCUAUCUACAUAUAUUCCCUUUAUGUCAUCCUUCAAGCAGCAGCAUCAACAACAAAAGCACCACUCUUUCCAUCCUCCUCCAUUAUUUUGGAGGAACUCCCUAAGCUGUGGUUAACCAAGAGCGCGUUAAGAGAAGCCAACCGACGAAAUAGAUCCUUAUCCUUAUACCAAGGCUCCGCUUCUAUCCCUCAUACCUUUGCUCCUUUUUUUUUGCGCAACUGUUCUACUGCUCGCGUAAACAAGUCAAAAGAUUUUCCCGCUGUAGAGGACCGGAUCUAUCAGAUAGUAGAGAUGUGAGUUUGUCUGCCUAUUCUUCUCCCGAUAACGAUCUGUGAAGCAGUGCAGUUAUAUACUCAUCAGCCUUGCUUAUAGUAUCCCGAACCAGCCCACUUUGAUCAGUACUCUAUGGCUCCUGAUGAUUCCAUCCCGACGCGCACACGCAUCAAGGGAAGCACGGCGUACGACCGCCACUUCGAGGGACAUCUCAACGACCAUGGUAUCUUCAUGCCAUCUGGUACA